AUGGGAGAGCAGAAGGGGAAUAUUCUGAUGGGGAAGUACGAGAUGGGGAAGAUGCUCGGGCAAGGGACCUUUGCCAAGGUCUACCAUGCCCGUAACAUCGAGACCUCGCAGAGUGUUGCCAUCAAGGUGACCGACAAGGAGAAGGUUCUGAAGGGCGGGCUCACGGAUCAGAUCAAGCGCGAGAUAUCUGUGAUGAAGCUGGUGAAGCACCCAAACAUUGUUCAGAUGUAUGAGGUCAUGGCAACCAAAACAAAGAUUUAUUUUGUGUUGGAGCAUGUGAAGGGUGGAGAGCUGUUCAACAAGGUUCAGAGGGGAAGGCUCAAGGAAGAUGCUGCAAGGAAGUACUUCCAGCAGCUGAUCUGCGCGGUUGACUUUUGUCACAGCAGGGGUGUCUAUCACCGUGAUUUGAAGCCGGAGAACCUUCUUCUUGAUGAGAACAGUAACCUGAAAGUUUCAGACUUCGGUCUGAGUACCAUUUCUGAGUGCAGAAGACUUGACGGGUUGCUCCACACAUCCUGCGGCACGCCUGCUUAUGUUGCCCCUGAAGUGAUCAAUAGGAAAGGCUAUGACGGCGCUAAGGCUGACAUCUGGUCUUGUGGGGUGAUCCUCUUUGUGCUUUUGGCUGGGUAUCUCCCAUUCCAAGAUAAAAAUCUGAUGAAUAUGUAUAAGAAGAUUGGGAAAGCAGAGUUCAAAUGCCCGAGUUGGUUCUCUUCAGAUAUUCGAAGGCUUCUGCUAAGGAUUCUUGAUCCAAACCCCAGCACAAGGAUCUCGAUUGAGAGAAUCAUGGAACAUCCUUGGUUCAGGAAGGGUCUAGAUGCAAAACUGCUCAGAUACAAUUUGCAAGCAAAAGAUGCCGUUCCUGCUGCUGACAUGACUGCGACUUCUGAUUCCUUGAGCUGCAGCAACUCAGCAACAGAGGGCAAGGAACAAGAAGCAAAAAAGCUCGCCAACUUGAAUGCUUUCGAUAUAAUCUCCCUCUCAACCGGACUCGACCUCUCUGGUAUGUUUGAGGACAAUGACAAGAAGAGGGAGUCCAAGUUCACAUCCACCAACUCGGCUUCGACGAUCGUGUCAAAGAUCGAGGACAUCGCAAAGUGCAUGCGACUGAAGCUCGUCAAGAAAGAUGGUGGCAUGUUGAGGAUGGAAAGCUUCAAGGCUGGAAGGAAAGGUGUGAUGUCCAUUGAUGCUGAGAUAUUCGAGGUCACCCCUGACUUCCAUCUCGUGGAGUUGAAGAAGACAAACGGUGAUACUCUGGAGUACCAGAAGGUCUUGAACCAGGAGAUGAGGCCGGCGCUGAAGGACAUAGUCUGGGCGUGGCAAGGCGAGCAGCAGCCGCAGCCGCAGCAGCAACCAUGUUGA